AUGUCUACUGCUGUUGCACCCAUACAACGCUCUAAUCCUUCUGCCCACUCCCAAUCUCACUCCCACUCGCAUACUGCGCCGGCCUCAUCUGCCAGUGAUGACGCACGGACCUACAAGCACGAACUGGACGAUGUGCCGGCGGUAGAUGUCGGCGUUCUAAAGGAGCUUGCUCGAAAAGGGCUUAUAGACGCUCUCAACUCUGUUUCUGGCGCGAAAACGCUGGUGCUAGACCCGACGCUCGCAGGUCCGUUGGGUCUGGUCGCCGAAGUGUCGAUUAUGAAGCAACACGGAGUUGACAAGAUGUUUUGGCUUGAACACGGCCCGCUCAAUUCCAAUAAUACCAAUAUAGUGUAUCUUUGUCGCCCACAAGCCAAGUGGAUGAAGAUAGUUGCGGAACAGAUUAAACAACACACAACGGAAAGCCUUCAGCAUAAUUAUACUUUGAUGCUUGUGCCUCGACGAACGGUCUUGUGUGAUAAGAUAUUGGAGGAAGAGGGUGUAUUUGGCGAGGUAACUAUUAGCGAGUUUCCGCUAGAGUUCAUCCCACUUGAAGAUGAUCUCAUCAGUUUGGAAUGGGAUAAUACGUUCAAAGAGAUUUAUCUUGAUGGAGACGAAAGCUCCAUCUACUAUGCCGCUCAAGCUUUAUCGACUAUGCAGCGGGCAUACGGCAAGUUCCCUCGUGUGAUUGGCAAAGGAGAUGGCGCUAAGAAAUUACAGUCUCUCAUGGCGCGUCUUACAGCAUACCCUCGAGUGGGGUCAGGAGCCGCACCUGUCCCUGACAUUUCCAAACAAUUUGAUAGUCUUAUUAUUAUUGAUAGAUCGACGGACUUGAUUACCCCAUUCCUCACACAGUUGACAUACGAAGGUCUCCUGGACGAAUAUUUCGGGAUCAAGAAUUCGUACAUUGAGGUCAAUGCCGAUUUGCUAAGCUCAGGCCCUCAGACAAACGCGGGAACCCCCUCGACCAGCGGAGCGUUUGGUGGGACAGCACAAACCAAAAAGAAGAAACAUCACUUAUCUGCCUCGACUGAUGCGCUCUUGAGCAAGCUCCGAGAUUCCAAUUUUGCGAUCGUCGGUAGUAAACUCAAUGCAGAAGCGAGAAGACUGGAGGCUGCAUACGAUGGACGCCAUAAAGCGCAAACCGUUGCACAACUCAAAGAAUUCGUGGGCAAGAUUGGUGGCCUUCAAAAUGAACACCAAGCCCUUCGACUUCAUACCGGGCUCGCCGAAGCCAUCACCGCUCAAACACAAACGGAUAUAUUCAAUAAGUCGCUGGAAGUGCAACAAAACCUUCUAUCCAGCUAUGAUGUCAACGCCCAAUUGGGCACAAUUGAGGAUUUGAUCUAUCAAGAGGCUCCCCUACCAGUGGUUUUACGCCUCGUAGCACUUGCAUGUAUUACUCAAGGAGGUCUCAAACAGAAGGUCUUGGAGAGCCUGAAACGCGAGAUCCUUCAAGCAUACGGCUAUGAUCUAUUACCCCUGCUGCUCGCGCUUGAAUCCCUGCAGUUACUAAACACCCCUCCAGCGAAACCUGCAGUCCCGUUCCCAUAUCCUUCCCUACGCAAAUCACUCUAUCUACUUACCGAUUCUCCGGAAGAGAACCCAAUAGAUAUGUCAUACACCUACUCGGGAUACGCACCACUAAGCUGCCGCCUGGUCCAAGCAGUUGUCCAAAAAGGGACUCUUCUUAGCAUUGGAACCAAUACCGAUACUGGGACACGACAAACACAGGCGCAUCCAAUAAUUGGCUGGAAAGGGUUUGAAGACGUCAUUAAAUCCAUCCCUGGCGAAACAGUCGAUGUAAUUCAAAGUCCUGGGGCAUUGGCGAAAGAUAGCACAAGCGGAACCACGACUAUGGUAUUCUUCCUCGGAGGCUGUACAUUUACUGAGGUCGCAGCCUUGAGGUGGAUGAGCAAGCAAAUAAAAGGUCGAAACUUUUUGAUUGGAACUUCGGGUAUGAUUAAUGGUUCAACACUAUUAGACGGCCUUGCCGCUACUGGGAUUAAAGUCCCAUCACUGGCUACGUGA